GGUGUGUCGAGGCUUCUGUAGUCAGUCACUCAUUAGUAGAUGACAGGGGAAAGAAGGAAGAGGGAAUAAACUUUGUCCUAAGCUCACGCAAACACACUGUUCAAACAGUACCAAAGUCCUGCAACAGACUCUCAGAAGACCAAUAAAAAUGGUUGCAGUCAGCGGCGUGGAGCUGGACCCUGCCCCACCCGGUUUACAGCAUGAAUAUGUAACUCUCUUCAAUACUGAGUCCAUACAGUUUCUUGCAGAGCUUGUCUCCACCUUUGAAGAAGAAGUUGACAGGAUUUUGAAGCUGAGGAUUGCCAGGAAGGUGCAGCUGGACCUCACAGGAGACCUCCCAGGGUUUUCCAGCCUUACGGCUCAUAUCCGGAAUGAUCCAACAUGGACAGUCCUUACUGUUCCUGAGAGGCUGCAGAACAGGCAUGUGGACAUCGGAGACCUGGCUCCCUGCCAUACAGAGCGCUUCAUAAAGGCCUUGAGCUCCACAGCUCAGGGGAUCCAGGUUGAUUUUGAUGAUGGAAACUGUCCAACGUUCUGCAAUCAGAUAAAAGGCAUUUAUAAUGUUCACAAGGCAGUUCGUAAUCAGUUCCUGGGUGUUCCACCCAUUUCCAAGGCCCCUGUAUUUAUGCUUAGGCCCCGAGCUUGGAACAUGGUUGAGCACAAUAUGAUGGUUAAUGGCAAAGAAGUGCCUGGACCCUUGUUUGAUUUUGGGUUGCUAAUGUUCCACAAUGGACAGCUGUUGUAUGAAAACAAAAGCGGACCAUUUUUCUAUCUGUCCAAGAUUGAAAGCCAUCUUGAAGCAAGGCUGUGGAACAAAAUAUUCCUUUGGUCCGAGGAAAAGCUUGGUUUGCCUGUAGGCAGCAUUAAGGCCACUGUGUUGAUAGAGAACAUUUUGGCGACAUUUGAAAUGGAAGAGAUCCUGUUUGAGCUGCGGGAACACUCUGCUGGGCUCAACUGUGGCAUCUGGGAUUAUUCAGCAUCCUUUGUCAAUAAGUUUGGUCAUCGCCCAGCUUUUCUCCUGCCUGACCGUAGCAAGUAUGUGAACAUGGAGAAGCUGUUUCUGAAGAGCUACAUGGAGUUACUGGUGAAGACCUGUCACAGGAGAGGAGCACUUGCCACUGGGGGCAUGGCAGCACUACUUCUGCCCAGAGACAGAAGCAGCUCUUACUGCCAGCGGGUCAUGGCCACUGUCUCCAGGUUAAAGUUACUUGAAAUCAAGGCUGGAGUUGAUGGCUUCAUGGUCUAUGAUCUUGAUUUUAUUGAACCCAUGCAAAAGCUUUUCCUGGAACACACUCAGGGACCAAAUCAAUUGCACGUUCUGCGGGAAGAUGUGUCUGUUACACCCACAGACUUACUCACCAUGCCUGCGGGUGGAGUUACACUCCAUGGAUUAAAAUAUAACAUUGCAGUAGGAAUUCUUUUCAUAGAGGCUUGGCUUAGAGGAGAGGGACACUUUUUCUACAAAGGUCAGGUGGAAGACUCAGCUACUGCAGAAAUUUCCAGAUCACAGGUCUGGCAGUGGAUUCGUCAUCAAGUAAAAUUAGAAGACGACAACAGAACAGUAACCAGACAUCUGGUACAAAGUGUAGUGCAGGAUGUCAAAAGAGAGCUGAAAACAACAGCUGUAAAGUUUGCCACUGGGAAAAUGGAGCACAGGAUUGACACUGCCUCCACAAUGUUCCUGGAAGUUGUACAGAAGUAUGAGUUUCCAGAGUUCAUCACCACCUAUUUAAACCUGGAUCAUACAUUUCUUAGCUCAACUGCUCAUUACAACAGGCAAGAUACACCAGGGUUGCUAAAAAACAAGCUGUAAACUGAAAAGAGGCAGAUUUCAAGACAACUUGUUUUUUUAUCUCCGUCUUACGAAAUAUGAGAAAAUAAAAUUGUCAAAAAAUAACAUCACCGAUUUUGAUCUCUCUUGUUAUGAGAAGACAGCAGCUCUGAAAAAACAAAUUCUUGUACUUUAUCAUUCAAAUGGUGGUUUGAGACAGAUAUUCUGUCCGGAUUGAGAAAAAAACUGAAACAUUAUAAACAUAACUCCAUUGACAUGAUACAAGAAUUCCAAAAGCUGGAGAACACUUGUCUUUGUGUUUGAUGUGUAUCACGACAACCAAAUCAACAAGAGUGGAGGAUUAUUUUUACAUCAUGUAACCUCAGUUAAGGCAAUCAGCUUACCGUUUCUUUGACAGCAAUACUUCCUUUGGAUCAGAAUUGACUAUAGGUAAAUGCAAGGCUGAAU